AACAUACUAUUUUGUACAUGGGCAAUGUACUUAUAUACUUAUGUGGUUAUUUAAUUUUUAAUUUACAAUAAUUAACUAUUGUAAAACUAUUAAUUAUAUAUAUAUGUAUGUAUGCAUGUGUAUAUACACAUACAUUUUUAUCAUUCCGUAAAUAUAAUUAAAAUAUGACGAAAAGAAAUAAUGACGCUUAUUAAGUAAGGUUAUUUUAUAUGUUGUGUAUGUAACUGUGAGGUAUUCUUGUUCUAUUUCAUUUAUAAGUACAAAUUGUUGUAAGAAUGAAUAACGUAAACGAAAAUGAUACUAAAGAUAAAGUACCACAACUUGUUAAAGAUGCUGUGCUGGUUCACAGUUCUCCUCUUCCAAGUGGUACACCUACAGUAAAAGGGUAUGAUUGGAAUCGUGGAAUUAAUUAUCAUGCCCUUUUUGAGUCAUAUAAACAUUCUGGUUUUCAAGCAACGAAUUUUGGGUUGGCUGUAAAUGAAAUUAAACGUAUGUUGCUUGCAAGAAAUAUACCUCUUAAAGAGGAUCAGAUUGAUGAGUUGGAAGAUGACGAAUUUAUUAAAAGAAAAUCAUCGUGUACUAUAUUCUUAGGAUAUACAUCUAACAUGUCUUCUUGUGGUGUUAGAGAAACAAUAAGAUUUCUUGUGCAGCAUAAAAUGGUUGAUUGUAUAGUUACAACAGCAGGUGGAAUAGAAGAAGAUUUUAUUAAGUGUUUAGCACCAACUUAUAUUGGUGAUUUCCACUUAGAUGGAAAACAUCUUAGAGAAAUUGGAAUUAAUCGAAUAGGAAAUCUAUUAGUUCCUAAUGACAAUUAUUGUAUUUUUGAAGAUUGGGUAAUGCCAAUAUUAGAUGCUAUGUUGAUUGAACAGAAGGAACAAGGUACUCUAUGGACACCAUCUAAAAUAAUAACAAGAUUAGGUGAAGAAAUUAAUAACGAAGAAUCGAUAUAUUACUGGGCAGCAAAGAAUAAAAUUCCAGUUUUUAGUCCAGCUUUAACAGAUGGCAGUUUAGGUGACAUGAUGUAUUUUCAUUCUUUUAGAAAUCCAGGAUUAGUAGUAGACAUAAUUUCAGAUCUGAAACGAUUAAAUACAAUGGCUAUGAAAGCAGUGAACAGUGGAAUGAUCAUAGUAGGAGGUGGUGUUGUAAAACAUCAUAUUUGUAAUGCAAAUUUAAUGAGAAAUGGUGCUGACUAUGCUGUUUUUAUAAAUACGUCUUCAGAAUUCGAUGGUAGUGAUAGCGGAGCUCGUCCAGACGAGGCAAUAUCUUGGGGUAAAAUUCGAAAAGAUGCGGCCCCGGUAAAAAUUUACGCUGAGGCAACUUUGGUAUUUCCACUCUUAGUUGGUGAAACUUUUGCAAGGCAUUAUCACUCUUCCAAAGAGAAAACUGUAUCCGAUGUUUAAUGAAUAAAUGAUGUCCUUCUCCUCCUCUAAUACACAAU